AUGGAGGGGCUGCAGGCGGCAGCAGCAACAGCAACCACAGCAGCAACUGCAACUGCAGCAGCAGGAGUACCAGGAGCAACAGGGAUAACAGCUGUGGAGUCUUGGCGCCGCAGUAGCGCCCCGUCCCCACAGCAAAAUCCAGUGGGCUACCUCAACCUCGAAAGGUUCGUUUGUUGUUGCUUGAAACAGCUGCAGCAGCAGCAGCAGCAGACACGUCGGGCGGGCUGUUUUCUUUUUGGAUCUUGUCUUAGAAGGGUGACAGAAAGACAGCAACGGCUCCUCCUUGCUCAAAGUUUCGCGUCCUGGCGUUGCCAGUGGCUGGCCGAAGCUGAAGCGGCAAGAGCAGCAGCAGCCGAAACGGCUGCAGCAGCAGUAGCACCGUAUAGUGGCACUACACUGCAUAAAAAAUACAGCACUUUGGUACGUUCUUUUAUGGAAUCAUCUGUCACGAGCAACGGCGGCCUUAGCAGAAGCAGCAGCAGCAGCAGCAGCAGCAGUGUGCGCGGCAAAAGCAAAGAUUCCGUAAAAAGCAGCAUGAUCGGCUCCGACAAUUCUGCUGCACGACGAGCCCCUUGUCGAAGAGCAGCAUUACCAGCAUCAUCCACAUCAAGCACAGGGGAAGUAGCAUCACCAGCGUCAAGCACAGGAGAAGUAGCAGCAGCAGCACCGGCGGCAGCGGCAGCAAACGCUCCUCAUUUAGUUCGUCUCAAGAGAUACAGUUUAGAAGCCGCCAAAAUAUUGGGACUGGAUUUCGCGUCGGAGCCGUAG